GGUUGAUGUCAUAUGGUUGAUUUUUUUAUCAUCUGAUCAUUUGUUAUAAAUAAACAACAUCUGCUAUUCAUAUACACCAAAAGGCAGUUGCAGAUUUAUUCUUUUUAGGAAAAUGAGUAACCAGUUAAGGGCUUCAGAGCUUUUGCGGCAGGCAGCAAAUCUUUUGGUUUCGGAAAAUUCAUCAACUACUUGUUCUGAAUCACAAUCAACUCCAUCAGUGACAACAGCAACAUCUAUUGGUUCGACUACAUCCAACAGAAACCACUCUGCAGAGCUUCGUGCUGCCACUAGGGCACUGUUUGCCCCUUACAACAGAGGGACCCGCAGGCGAGGAAAUGCAACAGGGCCACCAGUAACAUAUUGGACUCAUAGAUUUUGUCUAUUGUCAAAAUGUUUGCAGGAUACAGUUCCUUCACGGGAAGAAAAAGCCCUGCUGUUUCAGGCAGGUGUUGGUGAGAAGAAAUUGACCAUCAUCAAAACAUACAAUGCAGAUUUGUUUAAACAAAAGCUAGAGGAGGCAUUUCCACCCAUUAUCAAUUGUGGUGGAUUUGAAUUACUAAGAACUUGUGGGAACUCCAAAUACACGUUGCAGCCAUCGCCAAUUCCCCCAGGAGGGUAUACCACAAAAUAUCUUUGUGAUGAAAGUUCUCUAGGACAGGCAGUUUGCUACAUCAGGCCAAUACAGAAAGACCUUGAUAUAAAUCUAUGCUCCUCACAGGUUGAUACUGAUGAUCAAACAACAGAGAUGUGUUUGAGGUGUGGCAAAAGUAUUCCUCUUCAACGUCUUCGCCUCCAUAUUGAUGCUUGUGGGACUGAUGAGGUACCUCACUAGUAAUUACUCGUAUCUAUCAAAAGUUAGAUUUUGAUUAAAGACCAACCCAUUCCAUGCUACAGAAUUCAUAUCAUUCCAUCCAUUUUAAUGAACUCUUCAUAUUUCAUAUAAACUUAAGGUCUAGGCAUUUGUUGAUAACAAGGAAUCUUUAAGAUUUUAUUGGGUGGUACAUGUGUAGGUAGAGAACUAGUUGGAGUGAGCUUAAAUCUUUAUUUUAAGGGGGGAAACUUACUUUGUGCUUAACUCUUACCAUUGGUAAAAGCAAUUAUUGACCAUUCAAUUUACAAAAUUAAAUAUGCAAUAGCAAAGGUCUGUAUAUUUUGUAUGUGGAUAUGACAUCAUGUUUGCAUAAAGAAAACUGAGCCAGAGUUUGUAUAUAUGUUUCUGCUGUAUAUUCAAAAAAGACAAACUUUUCAAUUCAUGCAAGUGAGAUUAAUUACCAUAAUAUGUUGUUAUCAUUUAAAUGUGUGCAAAUUGUAAACUUCAGGUAGAUGCACCCAGUGCAAAGAUGAGCCAGGGACAGAUUCCAGUCUGCAAAUUUGCAUGUCAGUACAGAGCUGUGUCCUAUAUGCCAUGAUGAGUUCCCUGUCAGCACCAUAGAAGAGCAUGCUGCAAGUUGUUGUGAGAACCAGCUGUCUAAUCCCACCCUUGCUAGGACUCUUGAUGCAGAAUUAGAUGCCAUAGCAGCAAAGUUUGGAGACAGUAAUGAAAACUGGCUAAUCAAUGUUGUGAGGAGAAAUUUCUUUAAAACAACAUUUGAAGAACUAUCGGAUGCUUUGACAAUUGACUGGGAAAAACCUAUAAAAAAUCACUUUAUAGGAGAAGAAGGCUUAGAUGCAGGUGGCUUAACCAGGGAGUUUUUCAGCUUGUUGUUUAGGAACAAUGACCUUUUUGAAAAUGGAUCAUUCAGAUUAGAUUCAGGCCUGCUUGAAAAGAAGACCUAUGAAACAAUGGGAAGAGCUACUGCACGUGCCAUCCUCGCAGGACACCCAGGCCCAAAAUGUUUUAAUCCAUUGCUGGCCAGGUUCAUUUGUACUGGUGAAGAACCAGAUCUAGCAGAUAUACCAGAUGAAUAUGUUGGAAGGCCUGAUGUGUUAGCAGCCAUACAAGAGAUCUCAACAGACAGUACGGGAUCUGGAGACCUUGUUCAAAGACAUGGUGAUCUGCUGGAGCAGGCGGGCUUUAGAAAAGUUUUGUCAUCAUCAACUACCAGUGAAGCUGUACAUGCUCUGAAACGGCACUUCACCUUUUAUCAUGUGAUUGGACCACUUCUUCAAUUCAGACAAGGUUUGAAACUUCUUGGUGUUCAAACUGCCAUCCAGGGACAUGCUGAGGAGAGUAUAAAGUUCUUUACCACAUCUCCAGUUAGUGCGUCGGAUGUACAAAGUUUCUUCAAACCGACUUACACACCAGAUAGCGAAUUGAAGCCAAGGGAAGAAAUGAUCAUGUAUAACUUUGGGAAAUUCUUAAAGAAAGCGGAACGCGGAACACUGUCCACACCAUGGAUUGAUAUUUACGAUGGAGUUGAGACACAGGUGGUGAUUAACACUGGACAUGUUCUUCAGGCUCUCAUAGGAUGUGAAACACUUCCACGAAAUAUAGAAUGUGGAUUGGUUGAAUUUAGCCACACAUCGAAUAAUUUAACAACUGUCAACACAUGUGCACCUUCAAUUAUGUUCUCACAGACUGCUCGUAUUCAGGAGUACGAGACUUUUGAAAAGCACUUUUUGAGCCUUAUUGUUGAUGCUGUUGGUUUUGGAAUUGCGUAAUGUUGUAUGACCAAAGUAAAGAGAUCUUUAAAGAAUAGAACAAAGUUCAUUUGCUAGCCAUGUUUUUACCAUACUAUGUCAUUUUGCCAAAGAUGGCUAGAUUUGAACAGAUUUUGUAAAAAUGUUCCUUAUAUUACCACCCCAAGAUUGCUCAAAUGAUUUGGGUUAAAAAAAACAACAGUCUUCAUUGGGAUGGCCCCAUUUUUAUGCUUUUUAAAGGAGGGCAGCAUAUAGUCGCCGCUUUGUACCUUUGCAUGUCUGUCUGCCCGUCUGUCAUACCCUUUUCGAGUAAAUAACUUCGAAACUAGGUAUGGGAUUAAAAUGAAACUUGAUAAAUAGGUAGAUGACAAUGUGAGUAAGUGCACUGCACAAGAAUCAUGCAAAUUCAUAAAGUUGGUGCUUGUUGAGGCCAUAUCUUGAUAUGUACUAAAGGGAUUCAAAUGAAACUUGGUAUAGAUGGCAAUGACAGGAAGUGCAGUGCACAAGAAUAUUAAUUUUGCCCAGCAUAUAUAUUUAUUUAUCCCUUUAACAAUUGCUGUUCUUUUAUUUCAUUGCUUGAAAUAUACUUUAAAAUUAAAUUCUCAAACCUGCCAAUAUUUUUGCAUGUUAUUAUUUUUUUUCAACUUGUGUAUAAUGCUGCUACAACAAUUCAUCUGAUACCCAGUGCAUUGUAUUACAAUGUGUGCCGUAUCAUAGAACAGUUUGGGAGGCAUCCGUCGCUUUUAGCGAUACUCUUGUUUAUUAUAUGUUAACUGUAGAAAUUAUUUCCAUGUAGACUGGACCACAUCUUUUAUACAUUCGAAGAUGCUUUACCUAGCUGAGAAAUAAUCAAGAAAUAGAUUGCAAUGAUCUAUCUAUAGCAUUAUUUUGAAUAUGUGGCAAAUUGUUUAUUGUGAGUGCCUCAGUUUUCUAGAGACAGUUGUUGUUAAGAUGAUGUUUUCUCUUGUAUCUAUACCAAGUUGUAAUCAAAGACCUUUCAUGGCAUAUUUUAAAAACAAAUCAAUCAUCAAUAUGGCACAUGUAGAACUGCCAUUUUAUAAAUUAUACAUUUAGAACAAAAACUGAUUUUUCAAAUUACCACUGAGAGGUCAAUAUUUUACCAUAUGGACUGUAAUUUGUGUGACAGCCAUGAAUUUUCACUAAUAAAGACAUCAUUUUUGGACUUCACCUAUGACCUUUAAGUAAGGUUAAUACAAUAAAAUUGAGGUUUUCUUUUUUGCCUAAUCCCUUUGUAAACAUAUUUUAAGAAUUAUUCUAGAAUGAAUAAGGCUAACAGAGUAUUUUUCUGCUCUCAUGGAGCAAUAUGAAACAGUUCUUUCAGAUUGCAUUGUUCUAUGAUAUAUUAAAUCUUGUAUUUCACAAAAACAAUAUUUGUAUAAAUACAUCCUUAUCCUGUAUUUAUAUGUUAUUACAAUCUAUGUUUACUUGAACAAUGAUGCAACUAAAUGAUAUCAUGGGUCAUGUAAUACAGAACUGUUAUGCACAAUAUACAUUUUAUACAUAAUGCAGAAAACAAAUCUUAUCCGAGACAUUAUGGAUAUUGAUUAGGCUUCUCUCAGCCGUGCUCUUGUUCAUGAAACAUCAUUGUCAGCAAGUGCACUACACAAUUUACUUUUAAUAUAAAAAAACAACACAUACAUGUACUUAUUGUUUUUAUAACUACAUACAAAACAUUGCAUAUAGCCCUCCUUCACUGACAAGGCACAUAAUUCAAGUGAUAAACAUUUGUAUCCAUUAUCUAAUGAAACAGUUUCACUUUCGCCACAGAUGUGGCUGUAUUUAAGCAUAUCUUGUUGUUUGUAAUCACCAAGAUGAUACUGCUUGAUCUGAUAUACGUGGCUUUUGACAAGGCACAACUUAACAUAUAUGAUAUUUAAAAACUCAUCAUGUUCGUAAUAAAUCUUAAACCAUGUAAAGUGUUUCUUUGUGUUAUGCUGUACUUUUAUAUAAAAAAAGGCUAUUCCGAUUUAAUUGUCACAGCUGUGAUGUUGUUGUGCAA